AUGUCGCCGCGCAAAUUGCCAAGGCCACACAUAGCAAUCUCGCCUGCGAGACCAGACGCCUCCCGAAAGCGCUUACACUCGGACCCACUUCCGCAAAGACCUAGUACUUCUCGGUCCAAUACAUCAUCGGAUCUUCCUACCCUGGCAUCUGUACGUGAAGAAUGCUCAGAUGAGGAGAAGGGCGCUACACAGAGCAACAAGAAGGUCGAUCGGCCGGUACGAUGGGAUUUUGAGAAACUGGAUCCGCAGGUGUUGCGUUCUAUGCCUCGAUUCUCGACUACUGGCGACCUGCCUUUUCUCACAGACAAUAUGUCGUCUUCGAGACUAUGUCUGCUCAAGAUGUCCUGUGAAGAGUUAGCAGAGACCUUCUCAUCUGCAGGCUCCAGUGAUGAAGACAGCUUUGUGAACCGCGGGACUGCGAAGAACACAUCAAAAGGAACUGAUUCCGGGGACGGUGGUAUGAGGAGCCUGCGCCGAGUUAUGUCUAACUCUUCAACUAAGAUUAAGAGGAUGGGCUCAAAACUACGACGAAUACCUAGCAAUCUUCUUACGAGGUCAGGCCGACUGGCGACCUCUGAUUCACUUGGUUGGCAGGCUGGUUCGGACAAUGAGGUUCAGACACGACCUACCUUGCGACGUCAACGAUUGAUCAGCGGCAUUUUGGAAAGCCCUUUGUGCUCAAGAGGAAAUGCGCAGAUGGAGCCUAUUAGAGUGUAA